GUCAGCCCGUCCUAUGACGUCACCUUUCAUUCCUAACCAACAAGUUGUCAAGAACGCUACAGUUUUAGCAAGGAGGACUCAGACCAGGAUGAUCACAUUUACUGUGUCAGGAGUGAUAAUCAGAGUUUUCAUAUGGACAUACUAAAGUUUCAACUAUGCAUGUCCCUCCACUUCUAAUGUGAACGUGUCGUCCCAGACUGAGAGACUGAAAACAACUUGAUGACACAGAGAACAUGCAGGACCUCACAGUAACAGGACAAAGCCGAGUCUCGGAACGAGGCUCCAGCGGAAAGAAAACGUACAAGGUCACCUCAAACUCCUCCUAUGUGGACGAGAUGUUAUUCGGGUCGCCUAGCGACAGACGCAGAUCAAACGAGAACUCAUUCUCCACUCCAAAGUCGAAGGCGCCGCCAUUGUUGUGGUCACCGCCUGUGUAUGGGUCCAAGAGCGAAACAGGGGACAGAAGUUCUCGACCGCCAAGUGGUAGACUGAGCGGGACUGCUUCGAGAAGUGGGAGUCGCAUAAGUAGCAUGCCCAGGACAAAGAACAAAUACAGACUUGUGAAGCACACCCCAUCCUUUGUUGAUGAGGGGCUGUUUGGAUCCAAACUUGCGGAGCCAGAGUUCACAGCUCCAUGGGAGGAGAAAGACAGGCGGGGUACGCCCCUGCUGUGGUCACCGGGAACCCCCACAGUCGAGAAGAUUGCUCCAGGCCAGUCAUCGACACGGCGACCAAACUCCAGACAGUCAUCUACACUGAGAGAGAGGCCAGGGUCGGCGACGGGGGACCAACCGAUGUACUAUGAGAGCGGGGUGGAGACGCGGACGGGACGGUACAGCAGUUGGUCCCGGGGAGGGGGGAGCCGGCCGGGGAGUGCGGCCAGCGGGAGAACAAGUGCCACAGGAGUCAGGCAGGGCUGGAAGCCGUAGCUUUGUGGAACUGUUUUUGUAUUAAAAAGAUUUUAGCAUAGCUAUCCAUCGUGCCCUAUCCCCUUGGCUUCUGGGAUACAUAUUCUGGUGCCUGAUGACCUAAUAUCUUCUCUAUCAUCUCAAGGUGAGAGAUGACAGAGAAAUGUAUGGCAUUAAAAUCAUCACCAUAAUCUUGUUGUUCCAUCUCCUAAUCUAGCAGCGGGCUGCCCCAUUGGCCUCUCUUAAGUCACUAUCCGAGCAGGUUGGACGGGUUCACAGUUUUGUAGCAGAUGUUGUAUUGUUUGCAGCUCCUCUCCGGCUCCACAUGGGCUGACUGCACUUGCAGAUUUGCCCAAUUUCAACAAGUUGUCCCCAGUUUUUGACACCUUUGACCUGGCACUAUUCAGUGUUACCCACUCCCUCCAUUAAGAUGAUUCUGGGUAUCAAAUAUUUUUCUAAGCAGUGUUGGGAUCAAACUACCAAAUUGAAUACAAAAUUGUCUGUUUGAACUACGUACCAAUGCCAUUCUUACAUCAUGAUAAUUUUACAGUAGGGAGGAAUCCAGAGCUAUUCUCUAAGCACUCAGCUUUGGCCCUGGCUGUUUUUUUUUUUACGUCUUUAGACACUUUUCGUCUGGCUUUCUAUUUUGUCUCAUUUUCUGUAUAUCUGCUGGUUUGGCAGGUACACAACCCCCCCCCCCCCCUAAAAACGUUAGUGAAAUAAAACUUCUCGCUAAAAUAUGAUGGAUACCUAGCAAUAUGUAGCUUUUCUGAUACAGAAUAGGAAGUAUUUUUGGCUGAAAAUGUUAAUAAUUGUACCAUAAAGUGCUGUGUGACAUCUAACAUUAAAAAAAGAAACCAGCAAGCUGAAAAGUUGCAGACGAAACAGUGAAAUUCAGUUGUUUUUUUUUAAUGAUAAAGUUUCAUAAAUGAAGUUCGAAAUAGUGGCAAGAAAUUCAAACUAGAAGCUCUAUGGGAGAACCUUCCUGUUUGUCGUUUACUAUAUUGAAGUGUUACCAUCAUGCAUUCCAUACAUCUACUUUGUAGUAAUGUUGUAAAUCUCCACCUUUAUGUAAAUAUUGGCAGAUACAAUGUACGUGUAUAGAAUAGAGGCCUUUAUAAAGUGGUUGCAAAGGAAUAUAUUGAUCAUGACAUUGUGUUUCAAUAUACUUACUUGACCACAAGUCUUUAUUUUUAAUCAGUGACUGCAGUAGUUUGGUGCUGUUUUAAAAUGCCAUUGACAUUUUUGUUUAGAUUUUUUUAAAGCACUUCACAUGAAAACGAAGCAAAUAUCUGUCACUGUGUGUUAUUUGUGGUACAUCAUGAAUGGCUUAAAUUAUCUACUAAUUGUAGAUAUAAAUAUCAUUUGAGGCUAAAUGUUUUAUGCACUUGUUUUCUGCACUUGUUGCAUUUUGCUAAACUUUAUGGAGUUGUGUGUACUACAAGAUGAAACAUUCAAGUUGACAUAUAUUGAACUGUUUUGAAGAGGGGGGUUGACAUCAUCUUUAUUGACAUAUAAACACAACACAUUUAAAAUCAACAUACAAGAUGAGUUUAAAAGACAAAGAAACCUAGGCCGACCCCUUAAUCAGAAUAAUAACAAUUCUGGAGGGCGCAAGGUAAAACAUCAGGUGUGCAUCCGACUUUUUGAUACAUAUAGUAUUGCACAACGUUACAUAGCGUUACUAUUAGAUACAAGUGAAAUAUUGUUUUCUUCAGCUGAUAACAGUUUAAAGUGUAUAGCAAUAUUGAACCAAGUGCUUGCAAGUUUAAAAUGGAUUUUUUCCAGUUCCUAUAAUAAUUGUUCCCUGGUGUGUUGCAGAUUUUCACUUUGUCUACAGCCUUAAUCCAUUUAAUAUACUAUAUGUGUGAAAUUUCAUACAAUCCUAUCCGUAUCAAAUUUAAAAAAAAAAGACCAAAAAAUACAAAUGUAUCAUAGAGAAGUGCAGUUUAUUACACUGAUAUUUCUUCAUAGGUGCAGUAAGUUGCUAUAUAAAUAUGUUUCCUCUUUUGGGCAGCUAUGACAAAUAAAUUUUGAAACCUG